CCUUGUUGAUAAUACGGCGACAUUUUUAGAUUACAAUAGCAAUGGCAACAAAUCCUAAAUUUUGCAGUAUAUGUGAUCAACGCCAUAUCACUAAGCCCUCAACUGACUGGUGUUCAGAAUGUAACCAAGCUCUCUGUACCGAAUGCAAAGAAUUCCAUACAAUUUCAAAAGCUUCACAAAAUCAUUCAACGAUAGCGAUAUCAAAUUACUUAGCUCUUGGCUCCUCCCUUUCUCAAGUUGAGGGACACUGCUCUUUACACAACGACAAAUACCAAUUGUUUUGCCAAUCCCAUGACUGUUUACUGUGUCUUUCGUGUUUAGAGGAACACAUGAAGUGUGAAUGCGUCGUUCGUAUUAGUAAGUUAACCAAAGAUGUCAAAACAACCGAAAAUUUUGUAGACACUCAAAAGGGUCUAUCGGACGUCAUAUUAAAUCUUUCAAAAAUACAAAGUAAUCUUGAAGAGAAUUUAAGCGAUAUUCAGAAAAAGAAAGAAUCAGUUCUUCAAGAAAUAAUUCAGAUAAGAGAAAAGAUCGACAGCCAUCUGAAUCAAAUUGAAAACGCUCUGAAAACAGAAGUAUGUAAAUUAGUUGAUGAUCAGUGCAACACAAAUAUUGGCAAGACUUUGGAAGAGAUACAAAAUGAGAAAACGAAGAUGGAAAAAUUUCAGCAGCAGAUGGAGGACCUUAAUAAAUAUGGAUCAGAUUUCCAAGCGUUCUUUGGCUGGCGUGAGAUUUCAUCAAAAACGGAAACCACCUAUAAGUAUUUGCAGGCAUUAGGAGACAAUGGUAGUUUAGAUAAGGUGACAAUUUCUUGUACAAUUGAUAGAAAGAUUUCCGGAUUUAUAAAAGAAGCUAACAGUUUAGGUUCGAGUCAGAUACAGAAAAUUCCGAGCAAUAUUGUACUAGAGAGAUCAAAAGACAAACAGGCACAAUUAGUAGGCGUGAAAAAGAGUUCUAUCAAUGAUAUAAAGCUCAAAUUAAAACAUACUUUCAAAUUAGCUGAUGAUGUUACCGGAUGUUGUUUUCUUCCUGAUGGAAAGCUUGUUAUUUGCGAUCGUUCACGUAAUAACUUUGUAAAGAUAUUACAUCCACAUGGAGAAUUGAUGUUUGAAAUUUCCAUGUCGCCCAGUUAUGCUUUUGAUGUAACAUGUAUUGACCCCCAAACUGUAGCUGUAUCGUCAGACCAUAAUGUAUACAAGCAAAUAAAUUUCAUCAAUGUGGAUACAAAAUCGACGAAGUCAUUCCGUCCCGGAGUGAGAUGCUAUGGAAUUACACACAAAGAUGGAUCACUAAUGUCUUGCGUCGAAGGAAAAGGAAUACAAACUGUCAAUACCCAAAGUGGGGAAAGUACUACGAUUGUACCAUGUAAAUUAAUGUCAUGGUCUAAUUAUAUCGUUUUCAGUGACAAUAAAUUAUAUUAUACGAACAGAGAAGACCAUACCGUAACAUGUUGUGAUAUGGGAGGUAAUAUUAUAUGGACAUUUAAAGACGAAAAUGUUGUGAGGUAUCCUCGUGGUAUAGCAGUUGACAAUACGGGAAAUGUUUAUACUGUUAGUCAACAUACACUAAUUGUGUUGUCAGCAGACGGAAAACUAAGUAGACAACUUUUGUCAAAAGACGACGGACUUAAUGAUCCACGUGCAAUAGCUUAUGACAAGAUAAAAAAUCGUCUUUGCGUUGUAAAUUUGCGAAAUAACGGAUUUUUGUUUGACGUAACAUUUUGUGAAGAGAUUGAGGUAUGACUUAUUAUUUGGGUUUUUUCGGAUGAUGUUUUGUGUAUGUUAAUGGAGUUCUAUUUGAUUUAUCUCUAAUUUAUCUUUGUAAGAAUAAAAAUAGGUAGUUCCUUUA